GGACAAUCCACCCACCCCACACACGCUCCUCCUCCCUCCAAUGAUAAUGGGUAGAUCACUGCCAGCUUUUUUAUACUGGGAGUAGAUCACAGUCUCUUGGGAGUUGGACAUGCCUGGUAUAUAUAAAAGCUAUAAAUAAAAAGAAUGCAAAAUGCCUCUUUCGCACAGUCAACUGGUCUUGCACACUUGAAGCUAUUCGGUGGUCACAUUUUAAUAUAUUUAACAAUAGUUCAGACCCUUCUUUUGGCUAGUGGAGUUUUUAAUUCGAGCAAAUGAACCCACAACACUGACUACAGCAUCCCCUGGAAGGGAGAGCUUGCGUCAGCACAUUUGUGGUAAUAAGACUAAAUAUGUCUGGAGUGGUAUUAGUACAGUUAAAGUGGACUACCCAGAAUCAUCUGUGCCUACAGGCUAAAGAGGCUUAUUUAAAUGAAGAAGGAAAGAGGAUUUCUCACAGUGCAGUGAACAAAAAUGAGCUCCGCAGAGGACCUCGAAUAUCCUCGUCUCUUAAUUCAGUACCAGAAUGGAUUUUUAAUAUCAAAGGUGAUGUUUGCUGCCUGUGAGCUGGGAGUAUUUGAUCUGCUGAAAGAGUCAGAAGAUUUCUUGACCUCGAAGGCCAUUGCAGAGCAGCUGGGCAGCAGCUUCCAGGGAAUGGAGAGGUUGCUAGAUGCCUGUGUGGGUUUAAAGCUGCUGAGAGCAGAAGUGAGAAAGGAAGGAGCAUUUUAUGGAAACACGGAAAUAUCAAAUCUCUACCUCACAAAAUCAAGUCUGAAGUCUCAGUAUCAUAACUUGAUGUACUAUUCCAAAACCAUCUAUUUGUGCUGGCACUACUUGACAGAUGCUGUGAGGGAGGGGAAAAACCAAUAUGAGAGAGCGUUUGGCAUUUCAUCAAAAGAUGUCUUUGAAGCACUUUACAGAUCAGAGGAAGAAAUGAUAAAAUUCAUGUAUGGAUUGAAUGCAAUUUGGAGCAUAUGUGGCAGAGAUGUGAUAGCUGCAUUUGAUCUUUCUCUGUUCCCUGUCAUUUACGAUCUUGGAGGAGGUGCUGGUGCUUUAGCCCAGGAAUGUGUUUCACUAUAUCCAAAUUGUUCAGUCACAAUUUUCGACCUGCCUAAAGUAGUACAAACAGCAAAGAAGCAUUUUGUGUCCUCUGAGGAACGGCGGAUCACUUUUCAUGAAGGAGAUUUUUUUGCAGACCCAGUUCCAGAAGCUGACCUGUAUAUUUUAGCAAGGAUCCUCCAUGACUGGGCAGAUGAGAAAUGUGUGCAGCUUCUCAAAAAGGUGCAGAAGGCUUGCAAAACUGGUGGUGGCGUUUUACUAGUCGAAACACUUCUGAAUGAAGACAGAAGUGGUCCUUUGGAAAGCCAGCUCUAUUCCAUUAAUAUGUUGGUUCAGACUGAAGGGAAAGAGCGGACCCCUGCAGAGUACAGCAGCCUCCUCACAGCAGCUGGCUUCAGGGAGAUUGAAAUCAAGAAAACUGGAAAGCUGUAUGAUGCCAUUUUAGGAAGAAAAUAAUAUAGUCUCUGCAGCUUUAUUAUCAGACGUGGCAAAUAAAGCAAGAAUAAUAAUGAUAGGGUUUGGUUUAAGUUAAAAAUAUCUAUCCAACUCACAGUGGCAAUUAUAAUAUCAAUAGCAAUCUAAUAACUGUCAAAUGUUACAGUACUAAUUUAUUUAAUUGCAGCCUAGGGAAAGAGAGUGCCUGCUUGGCCUUUUCAGUCUAGAAUCCCUUUCAGCUUAAGCAUGCCUUACAGUCUACAUAGUGAAUAUUCGUAGGUAUAUUCUACUAGCCAUUGGUUUGGGCCACUGUGAUGUCAUGUGGUGUUAAAAAAAAAUCGGUCAUGGAAUGCUAAUCUAGUGAGGGAAAUGAAAACAUCACACAGGUGCAGGGAGAUAUCUUAAGACAGAUGUACAGGAGAUGCAGGGUCAUUGAGAUGGUAGGUCAUGAGAGAGGGCUAGGAUAGAGUCAGUGGCCAGAGGACACUUUGCUCACAUGUUGUAAAGCAAAUUCCAAGUCUGCUAUGGGGUCUGGUAAAUGGUGGGGUAUGUUUUCUUGUGCAUUUCUGUGUGUGCAGUUGUUAAGCGGACAUUUGUAUUGCUGACUUCAUGAUAGAAAUCCCGGCCGCAUGUCUCCUCCACUCUGGCUCCAAGGCUCCUUCCUGCAAAGAAUGAGACUUAAUUGUUUUAUUUAUUUUAUUUAACAUAUUUAUAUCCUGCCUUCCUCCCAAAUUUGGAUUCAAGGCAGUUAAUGGAAGUUUAUAACAUUAUUUCAAAAUACACAGUAAUGAAAACAAAAGUAGUUAAUAGUUAAAAAUGUGUUAAUUCACUUCUGGAGCAUGAUUCGCCCCUUAAGGGACACCAUAUUACUCUGAUAUUGGCGGUAUAUUCCAAAAAUAAAUGAAACAAAAGAAAACCUUUUGACAGAUGGUGAUAUCUUAUUUUUUGUUCAGACUAGCCCUGUUCUAUAAUAAAGUUCUCUGAAAUGAA